AUGGAGGAGGGGGAGGCGUCCACUAUUCCCCACCCGCCUGAGGAGGACCAUCCUGAUCAGAAACGCGGGAAGAGCUCCUUUCCUUACACAGGAUGGGACGGACCUAUUCCAAGCCAGGCGGGCGGAGACAGGGAACCGGACUGGAUGAACAAGCCCCCGUACAAGUGGGACAGCAAAGAGUUUGUACCCAAAUUUCGGAGUGAAUGCUGGUGCGGCGAUGUUGCUUUCGAGAUCAACGGCGACCCUCUUGACGCUAAACACUGUCACUGUCGCCAGUGCCAGCGCCUGCACGGCGCGCCCUUCCAAUGGGCCGUUAUCUUCCCGAAAACGUCUGUCCGGCUCGUCAAGAACGACCACAACGCACUCCACUGUUUCUCCACCGAAAAGCGUACCGGCGAGCACUACGUCCCUUGCAAAGUAUCAUGCGAUAAUUGCCGCUCUCCCUUGUUCGACGAAGGGCGCAAUACCGUGUUGGUGUACCCGUCAUCCAUCCAGUUUGAGGACAACAAAGUACCCAAGAACUUCAUGCCUACCGCGCAUAUAUUCUACAGCCAACGGUGA